GUUUAGCUUUAGCUCAUGGAAGACAUCAUAACGAGAGGACCACGAUUUGCGCAACGAGUUUUGAGCCUCGGCGCUUGCCUUCCUCCCUCCCGCGGCGGAGCGGGACGCGCGUGCGCCCUGAGUCCUCAGAGGCGGCUACGCGGAGCCGGUAGACAACGCGGCGCCUUCUCGUUCCGAGCCGAGUCGCGGGCUGCCGCCGCCUUCGCCGCCACCAUGAGUCGCAACUACAACGAUGAGCUGCAGUUCUUGGACAAGAUCAAUAAAAACUGCUGGAGGAUCAAGAAGGGCUUCGUGCCCAACAUGCAGGUUGAAGGAGUAUUUUAUGUGAAUGAUGCGCUGGAAAAAUUGAUGUUUGAGGAAUUAAGGAAUGCCUGUCGAGGUGGUGGCGUUGGUGGCUUCCUGCCAGCCAUGAAGCAGAUUGGCAAUGUGGCAGCCCUGCCCGGGAUUGUUCAUCGCUCUAUUGGGCUUCCUGAUGUCCACUCAGGCUAUGGGUUUGCCAUAGGGAACAUGGCUGCCUUUGAUAUGAAUGACCCCGAAGCAGUGGUCUCCCCAGGUGGUGUCGGAUUUGACAUUAACUGUGGUGUCCGCUUGCUAAGAACCAAUUUAGAUGAGAGCGAUGUGCAGCCUGUGAAGGAACAACUUGCCCAAGCUAUGUUUGACCACAUUCCUGUUGGGGUAGGAUCAAAAGGUGUCAUCCCGAUGAACGCCAAAGAUUUGGAGGAGGCUUUGGAGAUGGGUGUGGACUGGUCUCUGAGAGAAGGCUACGCCUGGGCUGAAGACAAGGAGCACUGUGAGGAGUAUGGAAGGAUGCUGCAAGCUGACCCCAAUAAGGUCUCACCCAGGGCAAAAAAAAGAGGCCUUCCUCAGUUGGGGACCCUGGGAGCAGGAAACCACUAUGCAGAAAUCCAGGUUGUAGAUGAAAUUUUCAAUGAGUAUGCCGCUAAGAAAAUGGGCAUCGACCAUAAGGGACAGGUGUGUGUGAUGAUCCACAGUGGAAGCAGAGGCUUGGGCCACCAAGUAGCCACAGAUGCACUGGUGGCUAUGGAAAAGGCCAUGAAGCGAGACAAGAUUAUAGUCAAUGACCGGCAGUUGGCUUGUGCUCGAAUUGCAUCCCCAGAGGGGCAAGACUAUUUAAAGGGAAUGGCUGCAGCUGGAAACUAUGCCUGGGUUAACCGUUCUUCUAUGACCUUCUUAACCCGUCAGGCUUUUGCCAAAGUCUUCAACACAACCCCUGACGACCUGGACCUGCAUGUGAUUUAUGAUGUCUCUCACAAUAUCGCCAAAGUGGAGCAGCACGUGGUAGAUGGGAAGGAGCGGACGCUGUUGGUGCACAGGAAGGGGUCCACCCGCGCUUUCCCGCCUCACCACCCACUCAUCGCUGUUGACUACCAGCUCACUGGACAACCAGUGCUUAUUGGUGGCACCAUGGGGACAUGUAGUUACGUUCUGACUGGCACUGAACAAGGCAUGACUGAGACCUUUGGAACAACCUGUCAUGGGGCGGGUCGUGCGUUGUCCCGAGCAAAGUCUCGCCGUAAUUUAGAUUUCCAAGAUGUCUUAGACAAACUGGCAGAUAUGGGAAUUGCAAUCCGUGUUGCUUCGCCCAAGCUGGUUAUGGAAGAGGCUCCAGAGUCCUAUAAGAAUGUGACAGACGUCGUGAACACUUGCCAUGAUGCUGGGAUCAGCAAGAAGGCCAUCAAACUGAGACCAAUCGCUGUCAUUAAAGGAUAGAGCCAAGAGCAGCAGAGCCUCGGAAGUGCCCAUGGACUGAAACUCCUAAGACAUCAGACUCCAGAGCCAUCGUGCACAGCUUUGACUAGUGGGGAGGCUGCUGUUCCAGGAGCCAGGCUCGUAGAAUAGCCUUCCAGGAGACAUGUCUCCAUCUGCAGCAGGGCAAAUGGGCCUCUCCCUCUUCUGUCCCACAGGUUUUUGGGAAAAUCUACUGGGGUGUAGGGAAGGGUCAAGAAAUUGCCUUACUCAGAGUGGACUUCUUUACGCCAAGCUGUUUCUAGCCCAGUAGGUAUCAUGAACAAUGUUCUAUUAAAUAUGGUUUGUGAAUGUUU